AGGAAAAUUAGGUCGAGCAUUUAUUGUGGUCUUAUCUUCAUCAGCGCGUCGAGUUAGUCUUCAGCAGAACUAUUAACGUGUUUACUACAAGAUUUCCAAGAGAUAUUUUGGCUAUAUUGAAGGAAGGUCAAAGAAGAAUUUUAAAUGUUACCUCUGUUUCUUUCAAUCUGGAGUUUUGGGGUCAUCGCCCUUUCUUUAGCCCAGCCAGACGAAAAUGGAACACUUCUAGCUGAAAGACAAGUUGUUAACGACAAUCCUUGUAAUUGUUAUUUUAAGGAUUCAUGUGGCUGUAUAUGUUCCAGACCUAUCACAUGGGCUCAAUUUCAAGUGUUACCACAGAACUUCAGACCAUGCAGAGGUUUCACUUUGGCUCUCAGAGGCGGUCAGUUUUUUGCUUUUCCCGGAGACUAUUUUUACCGAGUAGGUCACGUGAGUGACUUCGUGCUAGACGUCAGCAGAGUAGCAUUCCAGUACCUUAAUGAUCCUCAAGCAGAGUCAUCACCCUAUAAUGGGGUAACUUUUGACAUCAGCGCUUUCGUACGUAUGCACGAGGUGAGCGUAAACCGUGAAUGGAAUUGGGGUGCGAUGUAUUGGUUGGCACCAACUACUACAAAAGCAUAUUGUGAAAUACAGAUUGUGCAGAGUACUGUUCCCGUGCUGCGAGCGGAUUUCGGACGUAUUUGUCAAGGAUAUGUGACUGUAGUGAAUAUUGUAUCUUCUGGAUUGAUUUCUUUGGACAAUGGUGUCUUCGCUUCGUUUUAUAAGCUGACUGAAAUAGACUUAUCCAAUAACAGGAUUCAAGAAAUGCGAAGGUCUUAUUUUUCUUAUCCUGCAAGAGAAUUGGGAGUCAUAAACUUGUCGAACAACAACAUCAGGAGGUUACCUAAUGAUAUGUUCUCUCAGAUGCCUGCUUUACAAAGUGUUAGCCUGACCGGUAAUCCUAUUAGCAGCCUGGAUCAGAGAACUUUCCGGCCCAUUUUCAGAAAUGUUGAAAUCGUGGGACUCGGAACUCUUCCUCUAUCAUGUGAUUGCAAUUUAAGAUGGCUGAAAGAACCAGCUCAGAUGUGUGGAGCUAAUGCAUAUGGGCUCGCUGAAACUGUGUGUAGGGCACCACGACGCUUGAAAGGUUAUAGCUUCUUCAAUGAUACUCUAGCCAAAGAUUUAGUUUGCUGAAUGUUUCUCUAAAACAAAGAAAAAUGUACUCUUAGAUGAUAAACUUUUAUUUACUUCUCUGUUUCUUUAAAAAGUCAAUUUUAUUUAUAAUAAUAUUAAGUUAAAAAUUUAAAAAAUUAACUUUAAAGUAUUAUUGGGUCAUUUAAUGUAAUAGCUCUAUGAAGAAAACCAAGAACAUCAGUGUAAAUUUCAAAAUGACAAUUCAAUAAAAAAUGCACACCAAAA